AAUUCCAAAAUGGUAGAAAAAUAAAAUGAGUGCAACCCAAAAUAAACCCAAGAGGGGUUUUAGGGUCUGCCACUGCCUACACAUAUGUAGCAGCAAGUGUGUAUAAACUUAUAUAUACAAGAUAGCACUGCUCCACCACUGCAGCUGCAAAAUCUAACAUCUGGGUCUUGUUUAUAUCACUUAUUUCUUUUAUAAACAGGAUUGGUGUAUACAUAAUGAUGGCAGUUCUUGAAGUCCCAAUUAAUGUCUUUGGACAAAGAAACAAUUUUUCAUUCUCAAGUAGCAGAAGACCCCCUAAUUAUGCUUGUGGUAUUCGAAAGGCGAGAUCUUUUGUGUUGGUUUCAGCUACAUCGCAAAGCCCAGUUCAAUCUGUUGAGGAGAACACUUCGAUUGUUUCGCAGAAGUUUGCUUUUCCUAUUAUGGUGAAUAGUUGUACUGGGAAAAUGGGGAAGUCAGUUAUAGAAGCAGCGAUGAAUGCUGGGCUUGAUCCGCUUCCUGUAUCGUUUUCUUGUGAGGAGGAUUCUGGUAAGAUUAUUGAAGUUGGGGGAAAGGACUUUGAGCUGUACGGUCCUAAGGAAAGAGAGGAUGCUCUGGCCAAAGUUUUCAAUGAAAAUCCGGGUUUGAUUGUGGUGGACUACACAGUGCCUAUGGCUGUGAAUGAUAAUGCUGAUUUAUACUGCAAACUUGGAGUACCUUUUGUAAUGGGAACCACUGGCGGCGACAGGGAACGACUGUACAAAACUGUUAAAGACUCAAAUAAUUAUGCUGUGAUCUCACCUCAGAUGGGAAAACAGGUCGUUGCUUUUCUUGCUGCAAUGGAAUAUAUGGCCACACAAUUUCCUGGAGCCUUCUCAGGGUAUAGCAUGCAGGUUUUGGAGUCCCACCAAGCCAGCAAGUUGGAUAUAUCCGGAACUGCCAAGGCUGUCAUUUCCUGUUUCCAGAAACUAGGGGUGUCCUUUGACUUAGAUCAGGUACAACAAAUUCGCGACCCAGACCAACAAAUUGAGUUGGUUGGUGUCCCCGAGGAGUACCUAUCUGGUCAUGCAUUCCAUAUGUAUCAUCUUACAUCCCCUGAUGAAACAGUUUCUUUUGAAUUUCAGCAUAAUGUUUGUGGUAGAUCCAUUUAUGCAGAGGGUAGCAUUGAUGCCGCAUUUUUUCUUGCCAAAAAGGUCCGGUCAAGAGCAGAAAAGCGGCUCUACAACAUGAUCGAUGUCCUACAAGAGGGCAACAUGCGAUGAAGGGGGAUUUUUUUAUAUUUGAACUUGUAUCAACUUCAGUUUUGGAACUGUAGACUGUAGAGUGAGAGUAGAAUCUACAAUAUAGUAGUUUGGUUUGUUUAGUGUAAUCAAUGAUACAUCUGUGACCAUUGUUCUGUUGGAUUCAAGUUGAGCUUAAACUUGGGCUGAUUAUUUUAAUAUCAGCUUUAUAUAGACAUUCAGCUUUAAAAUCA